ACACUUUUUACAUGCUCUCUGCCAUGACACUUUUCAGUCCACGCUAGGAAAUUGUUAUGCUUUGAGCAUAAAACAGGUUAUUCGGAGAGAACACUAGUAAUAAAAUAUUGUAUGCAACAACAAUUCUUUAUUAUAUUUAUUUACAAAUAGUAGAAAGAAAAUAAUGGCUCGUAAUGCAGAGAAAGCUAUGACAACAUUGGCUCGAUGGAGAGCCGCACAGAGUGGCGAGGGGAUAAAAAAGGAACAAGAAAGACGACCAUAUCUCGCUUCGGAGUGUCGAGACUUGCGAAAAGCCGAAAAAUGGAGAAUGCAAAUUAUCCGAGAGAUUGCCAAAAAAGUAGCACAGAUUCAAAAUGCGGGAUUGGGUGAAUUCAGAAUACGUGAUCUCAAUGAUGAAAUAAACAAAUUAUUGAGAGAGAAACGGCAUUGGGAGGCACAAAUUAAGGAAUUGGGAGGUCCAGAUUAUCCCCGAGUUGGUCCAAAAAUGUUGGAUCACGAAGGACGUGAGGUGCCUGGAAACCGAGGAUAUAAAUAUUUUGGAGCUGCCAAAGAAUUGCCAGGUGUUCGUGAGUUAUUUGAACAGGAGCCACCACCGCCACCCAGAAAAACCCGAGCUGAAUUGAUGAAAGAUAUAGAUGCAGAUUAUUAUGGAUACAGAGAUGACGAUGAUGGUAUUUUAUUACCGCUGGAGCAAAAAGCUGAACAAGAGGCCCGAGAAAAAUCUCUGAGAGAAUGGACUCCUCCAAAAGAUAUCGAAAUGGAAAAUUCUCAACUUGAUACAAAACAAAAAGCUGUACCCACACAACAUGACAUUUGUCAAGCAUUGCUGGCCAGAAAGAAACAGGAAUUGUUAGAAAAAUAUGUUCUCUAAGGCUCUUUAUUAAUUCAUUGUACAUGAAGGGUGGGAAUAAAAAUUCAUUGUAUUGAA